AUGCUAAAGCGGUGCGCGAUCUGUGACGAUGCCGGAGAUGGAUUGCAUUUCAGCGCCGUUGCCUGCAGGUUUUUUUUUUUGCAAAAUUUUGCUCGUUCUUAAUCUUAGUGUGAUAAGCAAAAAGAAACAAAGAGCUCUCUUUUGAUAAAUUUUUUGGUUUCAAAAGGAUCAAAAUUCGUCUUUUGGUUUAACGAGUCAUUGAUAGGAAAAGUUUUUGUUCAAACAAGGAGAUUUUUCAUUUCGUGGAGAAGUUUUUUUUUCUGUUUGUUAUGAUACCAGUUUUCUCUCGACUUCAUUACACUUCGUUUUUUUUCCUUGGUCAUAAAUUUCUCUGACUAUUUCGUGGAUUUUUACUUGUUUGUCGUUCAUUAUAUUGAUUCACUUUUUUCUUUUUAAAAAUCUCCUUUUUUAUAAAUGGUUUAUUCAGUGUUUCAGUGAUUUUUUUUUGUCAUUAUUUUCAGUUUCACUCUGAAUUUUUCAAAUUUUCGAACUUUCUAUUCUUCUGUUCAUUAAUAUUCAGUGGGGUUUCCGAAGCCUGAUUUUUUGAAAUUUGUUUUUUGUGACUUUUUUCGGUUUUUUUUUCGUGAAGGUCUAAGGGGAAUACCCAUUUUUCAAUGAUCAUUCGAAACUAGUUUUAAAAGGUUUUUGAGCUGCUCGUAGGAAUGAAAACCGUUAGAACUUCCCAAAAUCGAAAUAUUUUUGGAGAUAAAAUUAUCACUCAAAGUUUUUACGGAGGCGUUAAUCAAAUCUUCGGAAUAAUCUUGUGGUUUUUUGAACGUUCUCGGCUAUAAACUACGAGCACUCAAGGAACACAGAGCCUACAUUUUCGAUUGGGAAAGAGAUAUGGUUGCAGGGCGUGCGCCGCUUUUUUCCGUCGAAGCGUGGCCAUGGGCCGGACUUAUUCCUGUCGUGGAGCGACGCCGUGUGCCGUCAGAGCAAGUUUGCUGUUUUUCAAACCGUUUUUCGAAUUGAAACAUGUCAUAUUCAAGAAAAGUGGUGAAUGACCUAAAAUCGUCUAUUGGUAUGAAAAAAAAAACUUGUAACUGUAUGAAAGACUUUCAUAGAAGGUUCUGAUCAAGGUAGAGCUUAUUUUAAUUAUUUACCAUUUUUGGGUCUUGUUUAAAAAUUUUCGAAAAUUCAACUUUUUUGAUGAAUAAUAAACUUCUUAGGAACCCCAGAGCGGUCCCUAUAAGGGUCCUUUUUAUGAAAAAAGGGACCAUUUUAUGAACCCUUAUUGGGGUCACUAAAGCUUGCAAAGUGAUCCCUAUAGGGAACAUGCUAAUCGAUAAUUGUUAUGAACUCUCAGCAAAGAAGCAUUUCCAUGGGAAAAUUGAAUAAAGAAGCGUUUGAAUGAAAUCGAGAGGCCCCUACAGGGUCCACUUGAGUAUAGGGACUAAGGGGUCAGACUCUAAACCCCUAUAGGGGCCGCCUUGAUUUUACUCCUAUAGCGAGCACUGUUUUGACCCCUAUAGUGGUUUUUUCUCCCUCUAACCCCUAUAGGGACCACUGUGGAAUUAAGUUUGCUUCUUCGAACGUAGGGUGAAGAUUGUCACAUUUAGCGGCCCCUGAGCGGAUUUUGGCUGAAAAAACGAUUUUCAUCAUUGUUUUUUCUAAAGACAUCGCGAAAAAUUUUAUAUUUUUUCUGAUUUUUUCAUUUCUAGAAGCGCGAAAAUUGUGCCGAGCCUGUAGAUACUCACGUUGUCUGGCUGCUGGGAUGAAGCCGUCUGGUUUAAAAAAUAUCAAAUUUUGAUGAACAAUUAAAUAAUUUCCAGAGGUGCAAUCCCAAAAAGGAAGCGAUUCGCUUCCUCUCGUUUACAGCGUCGGGCCUUCAUGUCCUUCGGUAGGAAUCUAUCAAAAAGAAUAAUCGGGUUUUUGAGGACAUUCCAAUGAUUUCCGAAUCGACGAGCACACCGAUUUUGAACCGUCUGAACGAAACAUACAAGCAAUUGGAAGGGAUUCGGAAGAUUUUCCAUCGUCGUCCCUCAGACAGUCUUUUCAGGGUUUAUUUGGGCUUCGGAAAAAUUCUGGUCUUCGAAGUUUUUAGGGAAAUUUGAAGUCUGAAUCAUUGGAAAAAAGGCUUGAAUUCAGUCUAAACGGGAAAAAUUAAUUAGGAACAUUUUCUCAUUUUUAUUUUUUUCACAAUGAUUGGAAUGAACUUAUCGGGAAAAAAACUCUGGAAAAAUUUGAAAUAUUUACAAAAAGUUAUGAACGUCGAUUUCUAACUUUUUUUCGAAGUUCAUUCGUAAAUCUUUUAAGACUGAGAAAGGUUUGGAGCUUCGAUUUUUUUGAAAUAAAAAAAUUCACUGCGUUUGGGUUCCGACCGUCUAAAGAGCCAAAAAAAAGUAUAAAAUCAACAAUUUUUUUAGAGAAAGAUUUUUUUCCGUGUAAAAAAACUUUUUUUCUUUUUGUUCACUGAAAAAAAUGCUUAAAAAGUAUCGUUAUAUAUGUUUUUGAAAAAAAGUUUGAAAUUUAUCCGUCUACUAAGAAAAAAAGUUAGAAAAUUUCACUAAAGGUCCUACCGUAACCCAUUGAGGGGGCGGAGCCUCACAGUAACUAGCCUAAAAGUUUACACAUUAUGUCUGAUAACUGUGAUAAUUAUUUCAACUCUCAAAACAAAACUUGAAAUUCAUGUACCAACGUUUCUCUGCAGUUCAUCGGCUAUCUCAGAGGUCUUUUUCGCUAUUUUUCGAAGGAAAACCAAUUUUUUGAAUUUCGAAUCCAUUUUCGAAAUAUUUUGCGCCUUUCCAAUGAAGUAAUGCAAACGAAUACUCUAUCCAUUUUUUCAAAAAUCAGGGUUUUUUGGUUUUUAAAAAAAUGAGCAUCUGAAGAUUUUCGGACUAUCCAGGCCUUGAAUGGGAUCAACUUAAUUUAUUCCUCCAAAAUAAUAUUUUUAAUAAAGAAAAUAAUCCUUUAUAUCGUUAGGAAUCCCAAUCGCGAGCCACAAAUAACGACGAGAUGAACGAAAUGUACCAAAAAGAGGCGACUCUCGUCGCCGAUUUCAUUUCCAACUGUUUUCCCGAUUUCUCAACCUUACCCUCGGAUCAAAAGGUGAUUUUUAAGCUCCAAAUACUCCAAAAAACCCCCAUUUCUAGAUAAUUUUAUUCAAAAACUUUUACUUGGCCUACGUCCUACUGGAGGGCUCCUAUUUGACCUAUGCUAGUGGUUGGUUUUUUCUGAAAAUUGAACCGAAAAAGGGAAGAUUUUCAGGUCGUAGUGAUAGGAUAACGCUACCUUGUGGGGAUUAUAUCGAUUUGGUCAAUCCGGAAUUAUUCUACGUCGACCUUGAUAAUAAGGAAGUCAUCACGCCGGCGGAAGCCGCAAAGUGAGAUUGGGGACCUAAGUUUCUGUUUAGAAAUCAAUAAAAAGCGAUUGGAAUUGUUGAACUGGUUAAGAGGGGUUUUUUUUUACAAAUAUUUACCAAAAAGGAUAAAUUUCAAAGAUUUUUUGAAUUGUCAUCUUUUUUUGAAUGUUAGUUCGAAAAUUGAAUGCGCAAAAGAACUGAUAACUAACUUUUUAAAAAAAUCAUGAUUUUUUUGAUAACUUAGAAAAAAAUCAGCGUUUUUUUGUGACCCAGUUUUUUCGUUAUAAAGUAAAGUGAAUAGGUAAAAAAAUAUUUUUUUAUAGGAUCUUGAGAUAUAUUAAAAAUAAACAUUUUUAUUCAAAUUUUGUGCGUUAAUAUUUUUUUCGGUAAUGAUCUCUUCGUAUACUUUUUUUCAGAUUUCUUGGCUCAGAAUUUUUUUGAAAAAAAUUGAAGCAGUUUUUCGAAUAAGUCUAGGGAAAAAAAUUGAUAUUUUAUUUGAACAAAACUUGACGAAAAAAAGGUUCAAAAAAAGUAAUUUCCUUGAAAAAAAUGACUAAUAAAUUUGAAUCCGUGAAAAAUAUGCAUUUUUGUGGAUUUUUUCUCAUAUUUCAAUCAAAUCUGUAUCUAUCCAAUAUUUCUGACCUUCCAGAAUAUUCCACCCGAUUUUCGAUUUUUUUCACCGAAGUCUCAUCAAACCAAUGAUUUUGGAGAAAAUCGACCGUUUCGAAUUUUUUUUCCUCGUUGCGAUCAUCUUGUGGGAUCAAGGUGAUUUUGGAGAUUCUAGUUGGUUGAUUUGUAUUUAUCCAUCGAUAUUUGGAAAAUUCCAUGUUUUUAGGCCUGGAAAACAUGACGGAAGAAAGCCAAGAAGUCUGCCGAAAAUCGAGAGAAUCCCUCUUUUCCGAAAUAAACAUCUACUACAGUCGAGUUCGACGCAUCGAAGAGCCUUCCUUCAGAAUCGCCCACAUUUUGGUCCUUCUCCCCGCCCUUCAAGUGAUUUUUCUCGCUUUUGAGUGGAAAAUAGCAUUUUUUAGAAAGGAAAAAAGGUUUCUCUUACAAGUAAGCUCAUGGUUAUUAGCAAUAUUUUAUUAAAAUUUCGAGGAAUUUUGAGAAAAAAAGGUUGAUUUUUUUGCAAGUCCUGUAGCUUAAGUCGUCGAAAUUAAGUUCAUUUUUUUCGAUGAUUUCAGCUCAAUUUUAUGUUUGAAAUUGAGAUUUUUGAGCUUAAGUAGUUGAAAUAUCAGUAGAAAACUGAGUUUUGGAACAUUUUCAUUAGAUUGAAAAAUGGAAAUCAAUCGGAAAAAGUCGAAUUAUAUUAAAAACUGAAUGGAAAAGUCGUUCUUCCUUUAAAAAAAAACAAAACAAAAAUAAUAUUAGAGGUUCAAAAAAAAAUAAUAAAAUCUAAAUCGUUCAAAGACUUUAGUGGAAUAAUUUUUCAGUGGCCCCUAUAGAGGCUCGCCAAGGACUAUCUGGAGAGGACACUAAAGUGGCCACUAUUUUCCUUUUUAGUGGCCGCUUUAGUAUUAAUUCAUCCAGUAUCCCUUCCAAUAACUCUGAUAACAUCAAAACAAACAGAUUGGACCAGUUAUGUUGAUCCAUUGACCCCUAAAGUGGCCACUAGAAUUUUUAGUGGUCUUGUAGUAGCACUUAAACCUCUAUAGUGGCUACUAAUUUUGAACCCCUUAAGUUACCACUAAUUUGACUACUAUAGUGGCCACUAAAAAUUUUCCCAGUAGAGAAUACUUUAAUCAUUGAAUACAAUUUUUUCUGACCUUUUUUGGAAUUCUCUUUUUUUCCAGAGAUGCGUUUCCCGUUAUGAAGAAGACGUGGAGGUCAGCUUGGCCUUCAAUUUUUACGUAUCCGAAGAUUUUUCCAAGUUUAUUCCCGCAAAUCUUUAA